AUGAAGAGGGCUUUGGCAGAGUGGAUAAGGAAUAUUUCGGGAUUGGCAAAGCUGCAUGCAUUGACCUCUUCGGUACGCCAGGAACUUCUGGUCAUCGUUAAAGAUGAUGCUGGAGAGGCGUUUACGCUAUGUACGACAAUGUCAGGAUCGGCGGAGAGUCCAACAAUUACACCUUGGAAUCGCUGGGAUUUUAUUCUGGCACCGCCGGUGACGCUCUCAAAUAUCACGAGGGAAUGCAAUUUUUCCACCAAAGAUCGCGACAAUGACAUUCACGAAACCCGUCACUGUGCCGUAGAAUAUACGGGUGCCUGGUGGUACCGUUCUUGCUAUGAUAGCAAUUUGGCUGGUCUCUAUAGUAAAUCGAGUUAUGGUGGCACCAUACGCUGGUAUACCUCUUCACAUAUUGAAGCGCUAAAAAAUGCAAUAAUGAUGAUAGGCCAAGAGCCGGAGAACCUCAAGGGGUAACAACUGGAACUCAUCCUAUAUGACUCGAUAUUAUUCGGAGAAGUUCUACACUAUUGCCAUCGGAAUAUAUAUACUCAAAUGAUUAUCCAUAUAUGUUU